UUCAAGGCAGAAUGGCGACCGGCGGUGGCGGUGGCGCCGGCAACCGUGGAAGGGAGUUUCACGUGCUUGCUGUUGACGACAACUCCGUUGAUCGAGCCGUCAUAGCUCGGCUCUUGCGUAACUUGAAGUACAAAGUGACAACUGUUGAGAGCGGAGUGCAGGCGUUGGAGUUGCUGGGCUUGGAUCCAGACGUUAGUAUGAUAAUCACCGACUACUGGAUGCCUGAGAUGACUGGUUUCGAACUUCUCAAACGUAUCAAGGAGUCGGCGGAGUUUCAGAACAUACCGGUGGUCAUAAUGUCUUCGGAGAACGUUCCGACCCAGAUCAAAAUGUGCUUGAAGGAAGGAGCAGAAGAUUUUCUGCUGAAGCCAGUGCAACAGUCGGACAUGUAUCGGCUGUUCAGUCGUAUCACGCGAUGAGAUCUUCGCCGUUGUGAUGGCCUUAGUUAUAAUGGACGAACGUGAUGUUGGUUUUCUGUUAUUGUGAAUUUGGUUUUUUUUUUGGAUUGGGAUCGAAAAUUUUAUAUCUUGGGUUGGUCGAACAAGCGAGACAUUGGAGAUGGUGGUUGAAAUUAGUAAGUAGCAUAGACGUCUCUUUAUUGUGAUUCUGUAUUUUCUUAUGGUUUUUUUUUUUUGGAAAAAUUAUUGCAUUGCAUCAGGUGUACAAUAACAGAUGUGGCAGUCCGGGCCUGAUCCGUGUAUGUUAGUGGACCCAAAUUGUUACGUGGCCUCCUGUUAUUGGACACCUGAUACAAAUUUGCAUUGAUUGUCCUGAUGCAAUAAUUUCACCUCUUAUUGGUGUUGUAGUUUCGAAGACGAACAAGAACAAUGGUUAGUGGCUCUUAUUUCAUGCAAC